UGUCAAGAUCGUGUCAAGAUUCUUCCCGGUGACUUGAGCCGUGAGGAGCUGUCACCUAGGAACUCCACCUGGCCCGAGCCGAGUGGGAGGAUCCGGUCCGGACCACCCUCCCCGCCCUCUGCGAGGCCUGUUCUGUCACAGAAGAGGCGGGGAGGUGAAAUCUGGCCCAACAGGUCGGAUGGGCGCUCAGAUAGAAAGAGAGAGAGCCGAGUUGCCGAGGGACCGAGCAGCUUGUCAGUCAGGUGAAUUGCGGGACGCAACAGGCGGGAAUCGGACAAUGACCUCUCUGUGCUGCUGAGAGGGAUCUGUGCUCAGAGACGAGACACAACGACCCUCACCUCACUGGACGAGAGAGGAAUUUCCCUACGGUGCCUCUGAGAGUUGGAGCGCAACUCAGGAAGGAGCAGUAGGAGGAAGAGUGGGAGGAGGGUCUACUGAAGAGGAGGAGAAGGGGGAGGAGGGGGGUGGGGUACACACUGUGGGACCGUGGAGUGGACACAAGCGGAGACAUGCUUCACUACGGGCCGGGACGAAGGUUUUCCAGCACCACCACCACCACCACCACUGCCGACUCGCUAGAGUCCGGAAGCGAGAGGUCAGUCAGGCGUCUCAGGUUGACUCUCCAUCCAGGAAAUGCCAACAAGGAGCACAAAGCUGCGAAUCCAGAAACGGAUGGCUGGAAGAAGAGGAAUGGCAUCAUUCAAAGGGAGAGGCCAGCUGGCAGAGAGUCACCCAAGCCGCACCUGGGUGACAUGACCAAUGGGCAGCCCGAGCCCUCGCUGCAGCAUCAUGGGCCCAAAUUCUACGGCCUAGUGCAGAGUAACAGCCCGGACAGACAGCAGCAGGUGAUGCCGCGAGAGUGGACCGUCAGUCACCUUCGCGAUGAAAUGAAGUACAUCAAGGAGGUGAGAGAUUCUCUGGAGAAGGUCAGAGAGCGCAUGUACGGCCAGUUUGGGGGCAUGCAGCAAUCUGUGCGGAAGCUCUCAGAGGAAGUAAAGACUGCCAACUCCCAUCGCAGGAGUCUGGAGUCAGAGGUGAGGAUCCGCACAGCGGCAAUGGAGAGAUUUGAUCAGAUGAACAGCUCCCUUAUAUCAUCCAAUAUCGGCCUGCAGAAAUCCCUUCUGGAGAACUGUCAGAAUCGAGUGGACUCAAGGGAAGAGAUGAAUAGUUUGCGCAGUACGUGUGAGCGAGCACAAGAACAGCUCCGAGACAGGGAGAGAGAGCUGGCCGCGGCACAGGCUGAAAACCAGACGCUCAGACUUCAGGUGGAAUCUUCACGGGAGGCCAACAGUAAGGCCCUAAUGGAGCUCUCCAUGGCACUUGAAAGGGACUACCAGGAAAAGCUGCUGGAAGAGCAAAAGAAACACAGGGAGGAGAUUGAAAUACUCCAGGCACAACUGGACGACUACAUCAGACGACUAGAGGAAGCUGAGAUGAAUAUCAGGAUCGCAGAGGCCAAAAUUGCUGAGCGGGAUCUGCGGAUCGGUGAACUCGAGCGCCUGCUAGACUGCAUGGAAACGGAAAAGAGCCAACUCCACCAGAAACUGCAGGAAUGUGAACGCCGUCUUCGCCUGUUGGACACUUGUGAUACAACAGAUGGAGCUGUAGUGAAAAGGUCACACGAGCUGCAAAGUGAAGCCGGAGGUCUUCGAGAGAGGAUCAGACACUUGAACGACAUGGUCUUCUGCCAACAGAGGAAGGUCAAAGGGAUGAUUGAGGAGGUGCAAACACUACGAGCUCAAGUUGCUGAGAAGGACAUGUUCAUCUCAGAGCUGCUGGACCGAAUUGCAAUUGUGGAGUGUGAGAAUAAUGAGUUAGAAGACAAGCUCAAGUAUUUUAUGUCCACACAGAGUAGUGAAGAGGAGGAUUUGGACUUUGGGAAGAUAGGACUAGUCUGCAAUACUCUCUCGAGAGUUGACGAAGCACCACGGCAUGAGGUUGACUUUCCUGUUCUGCAUGAAUCCACUCAUCUUCAUCCUAUAGAAGAACACCCCCCAUCUGAACACGCUUUGUUUGUCAUACCACCUCCGCCACAAAAACGACCUCCACCACCCCCAGAUUCCGCUUUACCAUACACAUAUGCUUCACUACCCCCCGAACCUCCUUUAUCACCCACACAACCUCCCCUGCCCCCACUGCCUUCAUCACCCACAGCAUCCUCAUCACCCACACCGCCGUCGUCACCCACAUCACCCCCAUCAUCUCCCACACAAGCAUCAGACGAGGCUAUUAUCCGCCGCCCUUCCCUCUUCCUUACAAUGGCUACUCAACCAAGGACGUUCAGGCAUAACAUCCCUCCUCCCAGCAGGGUGGAGUCCAGUUUACUUCGCUACACUCCCGUUGAGUACAGCCGCUACCUGGAGGCCAACCCGACACCACAGAUUGACACGUACUCCUCAACCCGAAUGUCGUCGGAAUCCCAAAGUUAUGAGAACCAGCCCAUCGACGAGGUGGACGCGGGAACCGACACUCUGACGGCAUUGAAUCAAGACGAAAGUUUGACCGCCUCCAGCAGAGCAAGAUCGGGGAUUGCGUACCUUGACACGCCAUUCUUGAAAUUAAUGGAAAUAUCAGCAAAUAUCAAAGUAGAGUAAUUGGAGAGGAUACAACAUUUUUAGGAUACAUUUGACAGUGAACCCCGCCAUUUAUCACGGCUAACCUAUAGAGACCAUAAAAAAAAACUAAACAUUAUUCAAAUGAUUUAAUCUCUGUGACACACUUUAAACAUAUUUUUUUAUCUUAUUAAAACACACUAUUAAAGUAUUCCUUACUAGUAUUCGUGAUAAUACAAUAGGAUAAUUGCUUUUUAAUUUAUUCCUGAGUUGUCACACGCUCUCACACAGUUCUCUAAAUAAGAGGUAAAGUGUGCUUUAAAAUUUUUUUUUUUAUCAGUCCUCAAUCUAGUAUAAGCGCAACCAACUUUCGAUUUUGGCAAAACGGGUGAAAGUACUUUCUUCUGGUGUGGGUAAAUGGCAGAACCCUAUGGCAGGGGACACAGCACUUAAAAUGUCUUCAUUGUCUUUAAUUUGCCUAAGAUGUCUCCGAGAGCUACCAAAGAUGACAAUAUCUCAUUUUUAGGCUUUGUUCAAGUUUAUGUACACCAUAUCAUAUAUGUAGGAA